AUGAUGUCCGACUUUGAGGAGGUGCUGGACAAAAAGGAGCGGUUCGAUGAGCGGGACGCAUUUUUUGAGGGCGGAUAUCAGUCGGACUACACCGGAUAUCACUCGAGACCAAAACCCCUCUCCACCGUCCCGCACUAUCGUCAGAAUCGACCGGAUCCAUUGGCUUUUGAUAAUGCCAUCGCCAAGGGCAAAUACAGCAACGGGGUGCGCGCGCAGAUUCAGAAAAGCCAACCGAUCACUGCACUCGGGAGGACGCUUUCCGAAAUUAAGGCCCGUCAGAGUAUGGAGACGCUGGUGGAGAGUAGUCCCUCUCGCCCUUCCUCCACGACCCCGUUUGACCCGGCGCUUCUCACCUGUUCCUCGAGGCUGACCACCAGGAGUGAGCACGAUCUGCUGCCGCCAAAGUCUCCGAGAACCGAGACCAGUAAUCUCCCGUGGAGAAGCCCAGGGACCGCAGCCCCACCGCCACUACCGAAGGAAAGCCGCACAACAACCCCUUCAAACCCUGGCAACAUUGAGGAAUUUGCCUCGAUGCGACGUGGCCGGGAAAGUGGCUUACCAGCGCCGGAAGGGCCAAGGAUACGAUACUACUCGGCUUCUCCGAAAUUGCCAAGGAGAUUCACGGCAGCGCCGAACUUGGAUGAAGCCGGUUUGAAUGGCCAUUCGGUGGAAAAUGGGCACACUAAUGGCCACCACCAUCCUGUCGCCCCUCCCAAACCGCCACCAAGAGAUACACGCUCGAUUUCCGUUGGCACCGGCCCGAUCCCACCGCCGAAACCUUGCAUCGAGUGCCCGGAGCUGAAGAAACGUCUCGACUACGUUGUCGCAAAUCCAGCCAUCCCUGAGAAGCCCAAGAUGCGCGAGUCCGGUACUUGUACGGCGGCUAGGCCGACGGUCAGCGACGCGUGCAUCGGCGCCGACAAGCUCACCCAGAUCAACAUUGGCAUCGCCACCGAUAAGUAUGAAGAGCCGAAACCGGAAGUCCUGCAUCAGGAAGCUCAAACGCCCCAAAAAGAGCUGCUCUCCGUCGGCGUCGAGAUACGGCCAAAGAUGUAUACCGUAAACCUCGAUACUUUUGACUUGGAGAAGCGCGAGCUGGCCCAUACUUCGUGUAACACGGAUGGGGAAUUUGUCCCAGCCGAGCCAUCAGUACCCGUCGAAGAAAAAUGCUACGUCGACGGCCACUCUCAAUUCGAGACGAUUACGGUAGAAGUGGGAUGCGGUGCGGAGAUUGACGUGAAACACAGUGAAACAAUGACGAAUCGCGUCUACCAAAGGACCUUGCCUGUACAAACUACAGAAGUGGAGACGAAAGAAAUGGCCUGCAGUCCUGUCGCAUCACUUUUAGAGCUUCAUAUUGAGGAAUUGAAAGCGCAGCUAGCGGCCGCUUCGAUCGCUUCCUCCCCGGCCACCCCUUCCACUUCAGAUGCCGAGGCUCAAACAGAAUUGGAAAUCGAGCUCCUUCACGAGCUGUCCGAGCCGCGGCUUUUUGCUGAGGCUGAAUUGACGGAUAGUAUCUGGUUAUCGCCCGAGAAAGUGAUGUCCGAUGCGUCUUGCGAGACUGAAGAGGUCGAAGCUCCGGAAUGUGAAAAAUGCCAUCAGAAAGAAAACGUCUUCUUGCGAAACGUGGGCGUCGGGGCUUGCUCGGUGACGGACAAGGUGUGUGCCGGUUGUGAUGAGGCCAUGGCCGAAGUCGACGAGAAUGAGGUCCCCGGCUUCUCCCCACCGACCAUCGAGUUGACCCGGGCAACGGCAACCAAAAAGCUGCUCGAGCAGACGACACCAUUUGUCAGAGGCACCCAAAUUUCGCGGUCUUGCCGCGAGACGAAACGGAGCAAUUCGGGAGACGAUUUGGAGUACCUGGAGCAGCAGCAUAUUAAGAAGGCGCAGAAAGAGCCAUCACCUUCGUCUGCCCCAACCGUUCCUUCCAUUGAUAACGCCGAAGCGUUGACCGGAAAGGUCGUGCUCAAGAAGGAACCAGCAACUCCUUCACCAUGCAAAGUUCCGGACCCGAUCCCAGCUCGGAUUCCGCGGCCAAAGAUUAGCAAGUACGCCGUCCCCCAUGGUGAGGCCGAGACCCCGGACGAGAUGGACGAGGCUCAGGAUCGACUGACUCCGCUGCGCUCCGAGCUACGGGUACUCGGAAGGUGGAAUCGGCCAAAUACCUACGAGCCGCCAGUAGAAGAGCGAUCAUCAGAAGGGACGAGAACAAGCGAUUCUGAUGGUGAGGGCGCCGAGUCCGACGACAGUGAGGGAACCUACGAGUGUCAAGACGAACUCACCGAGGGCACCCCAUUCGAAAUCUCUGCCCCAUUGAUGGACGCCCUGAAUUCGUUGAAUGGUCAUCUACAAAACAUCGAGAAAGAACCUACGGAAUGGGCCCUAAAAUACGUUCAGCACGAGUGGCUAAAAACCGCGGCGCGGAAGAACUCGCAGGCCGCGCAUGUUGAGGUCCUACUUGAAGCCAUCCGGGGCAUUGAUGCAAAGCUGCUGAAAGCCGUUGUCAAUCUGACCGACCAGAAUGGGAAUUCUGCUCUGCAUUAUGCCGUUUCGCACGGAAACUUCCCGGUGGUGUCGUCGUUGCUGGACUGUGGGGAGUGCGAGCUGAACUUGGCGAACAAGGCCGGCUACACCCCGGUAAUGCUGGCGGCGCUCAGCAACCUGGACGACGACAUCGAGAAGACUGUCGUCGCCAGACUCUUCCAAGCCGGUGACGUCAACGCGAGGGCUACACAACACGGCCAGACCGCGUUGAUGCUGGCUGUAUCGCAUGGAAAAUUCCCCACCACGCAACUGCUCAUUGAGAAUGGGGCUGACGUUAAUAUUCAGGAUGAGGAGGGAUCCACAGCUCUUAUGUGCGCAGCUGAACACGGCCACCGCGACUUGGUCAAGUUGCUCCUCGCCCAGCCCGAUAUUGAUGCUCAGCUCGCCGAUUGUGACGCCUCCACCGCCCUGAAAAUCGCCGUCGAGAAUGGGCACAGCGACAUCGGGGUGCUCAUCUAUGCGCAUCAGACCUACACCAGGCCCGACUACGCA